CAAUUUUCUUGUCAGUUUUACGGGGAAAAAAAAGGGGUAGGGACUUAGGAAUGUAUAGCUGAAUACCGUGCAGAUUCAGUUUUUACCCAUUCUUGAUCGCGUCGCUUUUCCAUCUAUGACUCUUCGAGGGCGUGCCACUCGCUGAAUACCCCUGACUGGGAUUGUUUUAUUGCGUUGAUUUCUUGCACAAGCCGUUGUUUGUUCAGGACCGUAUGUCCUUUGAGACUACAAUUAAUACUAGUACUUCGACGCCCUUAGAUUCACGAUCCUCUCUCAGGCGAAAGCCCACCACCCGAAAGCGUACGAACCGAAAGGAAAAGCGCCUCGAAAUCCUGGCCAGACGUGGGGACCAGUCUUUAUUGGAGCUAGGGAAAGGUUGCCUAGCCGUCGUUAUGACACAAAGCCAGAGGACAAGAUACCUGAAAACGGGCGGUGUCCUCGCUCUUUUGCUGUUUUUCAUAUACAUUCUCUCGCCGUCGAGUAACCCAUCCACGUCCAUCGGAAGUCACACUGCAACGUCGAAAUGCACGAAACCACAUCACCCCUCGAAGCCUCUAAUUCAAUACGCGUUGAUGAUCGAUGCUGGAAGUACUGGUUCCAGAAUUCAUGUCUAUCGAUUCAAUAACUGCGGCCCUACCCCCGAGCUUGAACAUGAGGAGUUUAAGAUGACAGAAAAGAGGAAAGGCGGAGCUGGACUCAGUUCUUAUGGUGGAGACGCAGAAGGGGCUGCAAAGAGUCUCGACCCUUUGAUGCAGGUGGCUUUAGAUACGGUGCCGGAAGAGUACAGAUCUUGCUCGCCGGUGGCUGUUAAAGCGACAGCGGGAUUACGUAUGCUUGGCCCAGAGCUUAGCCAAAAGAUUUUGGAAGCGGUACGACAUCGAUUAGAAACGGUGUAUCCAUUCCCGGUUGUGUCGAAGGAGCAAGGCGGAGUCGAGAUUAUGGAUGGAAAAGACGAGGGUGUAUAUGCAUGGAUCACGACCAACUAUCUUCUCGGGAAUAUUGGUAGCCCUGAGCAAAACCCCACAGCUGCUAUAUUUGACCUCGGAGGAGGCUCCACUCAAAUUGUUUUUGAACCGAUGUUCAAAGUUCCGGACCAGAUGGAAGACGGUGAUCAUAAAUAUGAGCUCACCUUCGGCGGCAGAAAAUUCACCUUAUAUCAACACUCACAUCUCGGCUACGGGCUCAUGGCAGCCAGGAACGCAGUUCAUAAAGCUAUCGUUGAAACAAUGCACACUUCUAAUGGUGAAGACCGAUCUUGGCUUUCUGACCCAAUUAUUAAUCCUUGCGUUGGUCCCGGCAUGGAAGCCGCUGUCAACGUCACACUUGCUGAGGAUCAUCCCCUUGGAGCUAAGCUUCAGGUCAAAAUGGUUGGCCCAAAGGAGGGUUCCUCAGCGGCAGCUCAAUGUCGCAGCAUUGCUGACAAAAUUCUCCGGAAAGAUGCCGAAUGCGCUCUUAAACCUUGCUCGUUCAAUGGUAUCCAUCAGCCAUCCCUUGCCAAAACGUUUGCCCGAGAGGAUGUGUACAUUUUCUCGUACUUUUAUGACCGCACGGCUCCGCUUGGAAUGCCUGAUUCGUUUACUCUGCGCGAUCUUCAACAUUUGACAAGCACAGUUUGCUCUGGGGAAGGUAGCUGGGGUGUGUUCAGUGGAAUCGCCGACGCUUUAGAAGAACUAAAGGGUCGCCCCGAAUAUUGUUUGGAUUUGAACUUUAUGCUUUCACUCCUUCAUCAUGGCUAUGAGAUGCCUCUUGAUAGAGAAGUUAAGACAGCAAAGAAAAUCGAUGGAAAUGAGCUGGGAUGGUGUUUGGGUGCCAGUCUUCCCCUUCUCAGCAAGGAUUCCGGCUGGCAAUGUCGUGUCAAGCAAAUUACUUAAAGAUAGACUUAGAUUUCUUUGACGACUGUUUCCCUUCGCCCUCUGUCUUAUUUCUGCGUAUAUAAUAGUAAUUGAUGACUAUGGCGAUGUUGACAAGAAACGUUGAUUCAAAGCGAACAAGUUCUCUGUGCGCCCUCAAUUUCUCCCUUUAAAUGUCAUGUUCAUUGUUUCUUGGGCUGGGCCUUGUUUUCAUACCUGUUGAAGUCUUAACAUGUACUCUUCCCUUUAUCUAAAAUAGUAUUCUUCUUUUUGGUGGCAAAAA